AUGGAGUCACCUGAAAAUUCAAACCAAUUUAGCGGGGGUGAAUUAAUCUUCAAGUCUACUAGAGCUACAGACAUUCACACUUUUGGUAUCGAGUCCAUUGUUGAACACCAAGAUGGUGCAGCUAACUCUGGCUGUUGUGUGGAUGACACCAUCGAGACGAAGACUCGUCAAGUUACCAUCAAUGAUCUUCCACACGAUAUUCUCAUGAACACAUUCGACGACCUUAAUCCAUGUAUAAUUGCUUGUUUAGGACUUACUUCUCGCCGCUUCUAUACUUCUUGCAAGAUAUAUCACCCGAAACCCUUCAACCUAGCUCUGUGUGUUGAUCAAAAGUGUGCUCAAGAUCUAUCCGUAGCCUUAUGCCAUCCAUUGGGCCGUUGUCAAUUCUCCGACAAAGCGAUUUCCAAUCCAAGGUACAAGAUAAUUGGACGUUGGUUUGAAGAUACGCCCCUUCAAAUCAUCCGUGCAGAGUGGUAUCCUGGUCAUGGAAAGUACUUGGCCGACUUGAUCGAAAACUGGCAGGGACUCCAUCAUUAUCGGAAGACUUGCUUAGAUCGGGACGCACCCCUCCACAUUCUUCCUUCCAAGAUACCUUUCGGUCUCUGCUUACAAUCCCAGUAA